GCACUUCCCUGAAGAAGAGUUGGCAGCGCCGUUCGUCAGAUGUUAAGUCCCUAUUUUUGUUUUUAAAGGCGUUAUUUCCCGAUUUAAAUGACGGCCAACCUGUUGAACCUGAACGUGGACACGCUGUUCGAGCAGCACGGCGUGUCCGAGAUCGACGCGGUGCACAAGAAGAUCCAGACUCUGGUGGAGAACAAGCGCGAGGAGCUGCGCACCCAUGUCGGGGAGCGGUACCGGGACUUGCUGCAGGCGGCGGACACCAUUGCGGCGAUGCAGACGUCGGCGGGCACGCUCAUCGAGCAGGUGCGUCACGUGCAGGCCAACUGUCGCAGCCUCAACGAGCAGCAGCUCCUGGGCUUCCAGUCGGUGGCGAAUGCCAGUGCCAGCACGGUGGACAGUCGCCCGGAGGCGGCCCUGCAUCAGCGGAGCGCAGGGCGGAAGCUGCAGACGUACUACGGCACCAUGGCGCAAAUCAAGCUGCUCACCGCCUUGCCAGAACUGAUUUGGACUCACUUGGACAACGAACGCUUCUAUGCCGCCGCCGAGCUGUUUAUCUUUAGCCGCCACAUCAGCACCGGCUUGCAGCUGGACGGACAGAGUGCACUGAUGCAGAAGCUGCCGGUGGCCCGCAAACAGUGGGAGAUCCUGCGUCCCUUCCACGUGACCAUCAAGCAGGCGGUAUUGGCCGCCCUGGAACGGGAGGAACUGCUGCCCGAGAUGGCCGUGGACUGCCUGCAGAGUCUUCUGUUGCUGGACAAGAGCGACCUGGGCGCCGUACUGCAAACCUUUCUGGGUUUGCGCUCCUCCGCCUUCCUAAGCUGCCUUCAGAGCAGGCCCUCGGAGUCGCGGCGCGUCAAGGAGCGUAUUCUAGCCAGCUUGGGCGUGCUGAAUGACACUGUGGAACUGCUGGACAAGUGCCUGCUAGAUGAUGGCCUUCUGUUCACCCGGCUGGCGGACUGCGCCUCCUCCACGUGCCCACCCAGCAUCAACCGAAUGGAAAGUGGCGAGAGGCAGCUGGCACACCUGCUGCCAGACAUCAUCGCUGGCUUCCGGCCGCAGUUCAAGGUUUCCCAGCUGACUCCUGAGCAGCUGGGUGGUGCCCUCAAGCAGUGGCUGGACAAGAUGAAUGCCCUGGCAGCGGCUCACCUGCAGCAGGUCUUCGCUUUGGUCAGCAACAUGCAGACCAUCCAGGACAUCAAGUCGGCAGCCAGGUCAAAUGGAAGGCCAGACUUCGUGCGCCUUGAGGAAAAGCUGCACUUGGAGCACAGCCAGCUUGACUUCUACGCCCGCAAGUAUGUGCCGCUGAUCAACGCCCGAGUGAGGGAAAUUAUCCGCAGCAGCUGGGCGGCGGCCAUGAAGCAGACCUACGAGCGGGUUCUGGUGCUCAUCGAAUCCGGCCAGGUCCAGGGUCCGCAUGAGAUAUGGCGGGAGCAGAGCGACGAUCUGCCCCUGAGCUUGGCGGCGGCCCUCAGCGAUCAGCCAAAGAGACUAGCAAACCGGACGAAGGGGUACGAUGGGGCCACCGUGGAGCUGUGCAAGCAGUUUGACUCACAACUGGCAGACAUUGUCCAGGAGCUGAAUGUGAUGCUCCAGGAGCAGACAACGCGGUCGGAGGACAAACUCUCGCUAAUCACGUUCCUCCGCGAGACAGCUCAGGAGCAGCUCACCGAGUAUCUGAGCAACCUGAAGGGGCUGCAGUUGAGGGAGCGUCCCGCUCUGCUCCUGGCUCUGCGCAACAGUCUGGCCCUGGUGGAGCUGUGUCCCAACCUGAAGUUGUGCUUCUGCCAGUCCUCCAGCUGGCGACAGUGGACUGCGAAUUCGGCUGGCGUUGGUAUUGAACACUGGCAGCGCAUUUGCGGACUAAUCGAGGAGGAAAUGCUCAGCUUCUGGCUGCUCAUCGUGGACGAUGUGCUGGCGGGUCACAGUUGCGAGGACAGGCUGCCGAAGGUCAUCAACCACGAAGUGGUCUUGAGGGAUUUUGCGCUCUGGCAGACCUUAACGCUGGAACAGCGUGACGAGGAGCAAGACAAAAGCGUUCAAUCCACCAUUCGCAUUCCCAGCCAGCCGCGGCUCUCCCUUCAAACGUAUCUCCAUCAGUUGAUCCAGGCACUGAAUAUGGCCGUACCCCAGACAUUGCCCCCCAAAGUGUUGCAGGCCUUUAACCAGCGUCUCUUGGGGAAAUUACUCGCCCACUACAAGGGACUCACCUCAGCGGAGGGCACCAAGUCCAGCCAGAACAUUGCCCUACAGCUGUACUUCGAUCUGAAGUUCCUGGAGCGCGUGUUCGCCAUCAGCCGUGAGGAGAGGCUUCUUUACGACCAGAUCCAUGCCCAGCAGAAUCAGCUGCGCGACUGCAUCGAUCCCUUUGACUUCGAGCUGUUUGCCGAACACAUUACCUCGCAUGUGGCCAGAGCCUCUGGUCGCCUGCAGGGCGAACUGGGAGUACUGACGCCAUUGGCAGCUGCUCCAAGCCUGAGCAGUGCCUUGGCCCACGAAGCCGAUCCCAAUGUGCUGUGUCUUAGCUCAUCGGGGUCCACGUCGCUGUGGUUCCCCCUGCUGCCAAUUGUGAUGUCCCAAGCGGCCGGAGGAGGAGGGAGUGCCAGCGAGCGGAAGAUCUUGGCCCCUGAGCCGGCGGAGAAAGAUUUCGUUCUCUUGCAAUCCUAAGUCACUACGUAGUUCCAUCGUUUGCUCUGGUUGGGUAGGAAGUGUACUUGAUUGUUGAUAUUUCGUUACUAGUUUGCAUGCUGCAUGGUUAGCUUUACCUAACAAACAUUUUGAGCGAGUGGCAGUUCCUCCCUCCUGUGCUCUUACUAGACGCUUCAUUUCCGAAUUGAGAGGCUCUUCAAACUGAAGCCGCAGUUUAAUUAAACUAAUUUGGUUUGGCCAGCAAUAAAUAACCAGAAUGCCGCAAGACAAAUUUUAAUUAGGUGCAACUUGCCGCCGCUCCCCGGCUCUCUUCACUUCGCCCGCAAGUGCUUGGCAAAAGUUUCGAGGCUCGAAGCCGAAACCAAAAUUUCCAAGUGGAUGGCCAGGACAUCGGCAGGAUGAUUGUGUGUACAUUGUGUGUGCGCGUGUGUGGUGGUAUGUGUGUAGCUGAGUGCCUCAGAUGCUAAUUAAUGAAUCGCUGCAAUUAUUGAAAUCAAAUCGCUGGGCAAACGCUAAUUUAUGGCCUCGGCUCCUUGGUCGUUUCUCGCAUGUUUUGUAAUUAGCUGCGAUCUCCGCCGGUAUAAAUCGCUCUCUAAUUAUGUCUGCCUUCUGUUUGCCCUUUGCUUGUUGUUCGCCAUAAAUCUGAGAGUUCAACCGCAAAUUAACAGAUUAAUCAGACAAACUACCAAUUAAUAGUACUAAUUAAUUAAAAACAUUUCGCUUUU